ACAUAAAAAAAAACACACACACGUUAACAUCUGUGUGAACCAACAGACAAUCUCUCAAUAAAAUCUUAGCUAAGACAAGAAAAGCCAGUUCACAUAGAGAAACAUCUUGUGGCUCAUAUUCAUUCAUUAAUUUCUCAGUAUUAAUAUCAACAUGACCAACCAACAACGUUUGUAUCAUAUGUUGGAUUUAUUCAUGAUCCAUCAAAUAUACAUAAUUGUCCAAAAAAAGAUAGAAAAUUUGAAACUAGUGCUUUUAUUUUUAGGGUUUUGAGGAUUUAUGUAACUAAGUCAGCUUUUUCAGAUGGCACAAACAAAAUUGUAAGAGAGGGACAGAGCAGUGCGUGGCACACCAUGUAAUUGUACUGCAAAUUAUUUAGGAGACAGCAAAGAUACCAGAAUGUUAAAACUAUUUUUUUCUACUUUAUUUGGUAUUUAUAUAAAUUUUUUUUUUAAUAUCAUGAAACAUGAACAGGGAAAAGGUGAAUUUGGAAUUUAUCUUUUGAAGAAUAAAGUGAUAAACUGUGGAAAUCUAAUCCUAUCGCCACUUCUUACACGACGCAAUGGUUCACUAGUAUGGACGAAAGAGGAUAUGAUGCUGAAGUGAGUUACAAUUCGAGUUCAAACAACAUUACUGUCACCUUCACAGGUUAUCAAGAUAACAAUAUAAUCCAACAGCACUUGUCAAGUGUUGUUAACCUGAAAGAUAACCUACCUGAUUGGGUUGAAUUCGGAUUCACUUCAGCAACAGGUUUCUGGUGGGAGUAUCAUACUCUUAACUCAUGGUCUUUCAAGUCAAGUUCAGAUUUUGAAGUUGACAAGAACGGAACAAACACGGGACUUGUUAUAGGACUUAGUGUUAUCGGUGGUGCUUCUGUUUUUAUUUGUGUUAUCGUGUUGGUUUGUUUUGUGAAACGGAAGCUGAGGAAUAACAGAAUGGAGGAUGUUUUGCAGACCGAUCUCGAAAUGGAUAAUGAUUUUGAAAGAAGCUCUCUACCUAGGAAGUUUACCUUUGAAGAACUUGCUAUAGCAACCAACAACUUUGCAAAGGAACACAAAAUCGGAGAAGGUGGUUUCGGAGGAGUCUACAAGGGAUUCAUAAAAGACUUAAAAACUCAUGUUGCAAUUAAGAAAGUUUCUAAGGGAUCAAAUCAAGGAGUGAAGGAAUAUGCAUCUGAGGUCAAAGUUAUUAGCCAAUUGAGGCAAAAGAAUUUGGUUCAACUCUUUGGUUGGUGUCACAAACAAAAUGAUCUUCUAUUAGUUUACGAGUUCAUGGAAAACGGAAGCUUAGAUUCUUAUCUUUUCAAAGGUAAAGGCUUGUUGACAUGGCCCGUGCGAUACAACAUAGCUAGAGGCUUAGCCUCAGCAUUAUUGUACCUACAUGAAGAAUGUGAAAAGUGUGUACUUCAUAGAGACAUAAAAUCAAGCAACAUCAUGUUGGAUAGUAAUUUCAACACAAAGCUUGGAGAUUUCGGUUUGGCGAGACUAAUGAACCAUGAGACAGAAUCAAAGACAACAGUUCUAGCAGGAACAUACGGAUAUCUUUCACCUGAGGCUGCAACUAGAGGUAAAGCUAGUAGAGAAUCUGAUGUAUAUAGUUUUGGAGUAGUUGCUUUGGAGAUAGCUUGUGGUAGGAAAGCAAUUGAGCCAGGUCUUAGUGAAGGACAUGUUUACUUGGUGGAUUGGGUUUGGGAGCUUUAUGGUGUAGGUGAAAUUGUUAAAGCAGGUGAUUCAAGAUUGUAUGGUGAGUUCAAUGCGAAGGAGGUUGAGAGGUUGAUGAUUGUUGGACUUUGGUGUACUCAUAUAGAUCAUGUUCAGAGGCCUAUGAUUAGACAAGUUGUUCAGGUUCUGAAUUUUGAUGCUCCUUUGCCUACUCUUCCAUUACAGAUGCAUUCAUCUUUCAAUUCUGUGUCCUCUAAAUUCAAGACUAGUGGUUUUGAAAAUAACAAAAGUGGGAUCUCAACUUCAAGCAAUAGUACCUUCACAGGGUCAUCACAAUCAAGCACAGCAUUUGAAGUUGUUUCUCCUUCAGCUGCUCUUCUAAAUACAUACAACACCAUUUGAUGUUUUGAAAAAAAAAAGUGUUCUUUCUUCUAAGAAUUAUGUUUUUGUUGAAUUGAGAUUGUUGAUUAGUGUUACACAUAAUCUUUUGUAUCUUUUAUGUUAACUUGUCUAAUGCAGUUUGUUCAUGCAAUUUAAAGUUAAAACACCUUGGCAAUAUAUAAUUAAGUCUUUAAAAAUGUAUUGGUCCAAAGCUUUUUCUAUUUUUCCUGUAACAUAAAGUUUAGAAGCUAAGGUUUUUAACAAAACUAACAAAAAUAUACGUGCCUUCGCACGAGUAAUACGGUAUAGAUU